AUGAAGAUCGCUCUAGCCCUUCUAUUCUCUGCUCUUCUUGGUCUUUCGGCUUAUGCAACUGAGGAAGAGUUCGAACCAUUCAAGGCUAAGAAAUUCUGGCGCUCGUCUCGCUUCUUGGACUCUGAAACAGCUGAUACUGGUUCUCACAAAGUCACUGUUGCGAAAAUGAACGAUAUAUACGAUGGUAUCAUCGAUUCAAUGCUCAGCCGAGACAAUCAGUAUGAAAAUGGUGGUAUUGCUGACAACGUUGAAAGUGAAUCGGCUGAAAACAAAGAAACCGAGACCGCUCAAAUCAACAACUUUGAUGACAUUUUUGAAGCGAAACUUCUCAACCUCCGUCGUAAACUGAUUCGUUAUGCCGAUCAGUUGGCAAAGACUCGUAAAUUAAGAAUCAAUCUCUUUGAGACACUCGGACUCCAAGAAAAAGAUUCAUUCGCACCAUUUGAAUAG